CGCUGGGUGGGACAGACGGCGAGUCCCGCGGCACAGUCUACCUCCCGGGGUGACCCCGGCCCGGUGGGGUCGCCGCGCAUGCGUAAAUCGAUCCGCCGCUUCGGUCAGCCAAUGGGAGACCGCCGCCUGACCUGACCUUGCUGGAGGACAGCUGGAUCAGCGUCUGCGAGCGUGCCGGUGGAGGCGCCGGCGUUCACUGUGUGUUCGGACGACCUGGCGGCCGCACCGGUCCUGGAUAUCAACUGUUUGUGCAUAUCUAAGAGUAAAAGGUCCAUCAGAGCUCAAAAUGCAUUGGCUAUUUCUAAUGUCGCUUGUUCCGUUGGCGAGUGCCGUUAGCCUAUUUACGUUAGAUAACGACCUAGGCAGCGAGGAGAUGUUUAGCGAGUGGCACGACUUCAAGCAGGCCCACGACAAGAAGUACGAGACCGAGGAGGAGGAGGACCUCCGCUUCUACAUCUUCCAGGCCAACAAGCGUCUGGUGAACUCCCACAACGAGGCCUUCCAACGCGGCGAGCACGGCUUCAGCCUGGAGCUGAACCAGUUUGCCGACCUGCUCCCCGCUGAGUUCGCGGCGCAGCGGCUCGGGUUCGAUGGCCGCCACCCGGCGCCGGAGACGGCCGGCACGGCGGCCACCUUCCUCCGACUGCCCGCCGAGAUCGAGCUGCCGGCCGCCGUCGACUGGCGCACAGUCGGCGCCGUCUCAGCCGUCCAGGACCAGGGCCGCUGCGGCUCGUGCUGGGCCUUCUCCGCCAACGGCGCGCUCGAGGGACAGCACUUCCGCAAGACGGGUCGGCUGGUGAACCUGAGCGAGCAGAACCUGAUCGACUGCGCCGGCCCGUACGGCGCCUACGGCUGCCAGGGCGGCCGAAUGCGCGCCGCCUUCGCCUACGUGCACGCGCAGGGCGGCGUGGACACGGAGGCCGCCUACCCGUACGAGGCGGACGACGACAACGCGUGCCGGUACAGCGCCGCCGCCGGCGCGGUGGGCGCCACGGACGUCGGCUCGGUGGCGCUGCCGAGCGGCGACGAGCAGGCGCUGAGGGAGGCGGUGGCCGUGUACGGACCCGUCUCCGUCGCCGUCGACGCCAGCCGGCCGACGUUCCAGUUCUACGGCGGGGGCGUGUACGACGACCCGGCGUGCUCCGCGGCGCGCCUCAACCACGCCGUGCUGGCCGUCGGCUACGGCACCGACGAGCACGGCCGCGACUUCUGGCUCGUCAAGAACAGCUGGUCCGACCGGUGGGGAGAGCACGGCUACGUGCGCAUCGCGCGCAACCACAACGCCUGCGGCGUGGCCAACAACGCCAUCUUUCCGCUUGUCUGAGGCCGGCACGGCACGGGCGCCUCCGCCCUCGCGUGCGUCUGAGACCGGCACGGCACGGGCGCCUCCGGCCGCGCGUACCUCGUGAACGCUGCGCAUGUGGUGCCGUUUGAAUGUAGCUGAGAGAUAAGUCUGUGGUCAUGUUUUGACUUUAAACGUGCGGUAAUUCACUUGUUACAAUUCAUAUUGUCACGUCCAAUGCUCAUGCAAUGUCAAUAAUUGCAUUUCUUAAUUUCGAAUAAUAAACAGAGUCGUAACCCAGA